AUGAAGGAGUUUGUUGUAGCACUGAUUUUGCUCCUUUGCCUCACACUGCAGUGUUCCUGCGCUGUGAGUCCCACAAACUGCGAUGCUACUGAGCCCUUGGCUGGGAAAGUUCUAGACCUGGUCAAUAAAGGACGACAGGAUGGCUACCUUUUCCAGUUGCUGCGGGUCGCUGAUGCACACUUGGACAAAGCGGAAUCUACAACUGUCUAUUAUUUAGUUUUAGAUGUGAAAGAGUCCGACUGUUCAGUCCUAUCCAGGAAACCCUGGACUGACUGUAAGCCAGUUGUGUCUAGACGUCCAUCUGAAAUAGUGAUCGGACAAUGUAAGGUAAUAGCUAAAACACAGUCAAGUGAUUAUCAGGAUCUUAGAGUGAAGGACUUUAAUUGCACCACAAGUUCUGUCUCUUCAGCAUUGACCAAUACCAAAGACAGCACUGUUCUUUUGGAUUUCUUUGAGGAUACUGACCUCUACAGAGAACAAGCUGACAAAGCCCUUGAGAAGUACAAACAAGAGAAUGCUGACUUUGCACAUUUCAGAGUGGACCAAGUGGAGAGAGUGGCACGAGCAAGAGGUGGAGAAAGAACCAAUUACUAUGUGGACUUCUCUGUGAGGAACUGCUCUGGUCAUUAUUUUCCCAGAUACUUUAAUGCUUUUGGAUUCUGCAAAGCAGAUUUGUCCUAUAAUGAGGGAGCCUCUAACUUGGAAUCCCCAAAAGAUAUUGUCAUAAACUGUGACGUGUUCCAACCUGAGGAACAUAGAAAAACCAAUGUCAAAUAUCCAUUUUGGAUCCGUAUCUCCUCUAAUGGACAUAAGCAUCCUUCUCCAGGCCAGCCUCCAUUUAAGGUCAAUGGAUCCAGAGAUCACCAUCAUUCCCACAAAUUACAUAAACCUAAAUGCCCAUCUUCUGAAGAAGACAAAAGUGAUUCAGGCAGACCACGGUUUCAGGAAGGAGAUCUUCCUUCAGGGUCAAGAUGUCAUCACACCCAUUUUAGCACUGAUGGAACCCAUGGACAUGUUCGUAAUGACAGUUCCAGUGAACACCAUCCCCAUGGACAAGGUCACCAUGGACAAGGUCACCAUGGACAAGGUCACCAUGGACAUGGUCACCAUGGGCACAGUACCCAUGGACAUGGUCACCAUGGGCACAGUACCCAUGGGCACGGUACCCAUGGGCACGGUGACCAUGGGCAUGGUGCCCAUCGACACAGUCACCAUGGACGUCAUCACCAUGGACGCCGUCCCCACCACCGUCCCCAUGGACAUGAUUUCCAUGAUCUUGGACCCUGUGACCCACCACCUCAGAUCCCAGGUCACCGUGACCCAGGCGGGCCCCCACUACCUAGACACCCAGAAGAAAGAAGUCCAGAUAAUUACCCACCACCCCAGAUCCCAGGUCACCGUGACCCAGGCGGGCCCCCACUACCUAGACACCCAGAAGAAAGAAGUCCAGAUAAUUACCCACCACCCCAGAUCCCAGGUCACCGUGACCCAGGCGGGCCCCCACUACCUAGACACCCAGAAGAAAGAAGUACAGAUAAAGCACACUAUCCCUUUGAAAGGAAACAAAUUGGAUAUGUUUACCAGCUCCCUCCACUGAAAAAUGAUGAAGUUCUUCCUUUACCUGAAGCUAAUUUUCCCACCUUCUCAAUGCCAAACCACAACUCCCGAAAGCCAGAGAUCCAACCUUUUCCUCAAUCAGCCUCUGAAUCAUGUCCAGGGAAAUCCAAGAGUGAGUUCCUGCAAGUCUCCAAGUUUUUUGCAAACACAUUUCCCAAAAAAGGCUGA